AUGAAGCGCAAGGCGGUGGCGGGCGGCAGAACUAGCUCCCCUAAAGUAUCUGACACGGAGCCCGAUGCGACACAGACGAAAAAGCGAAUUCAGUCGUCAAAGGAGAGGAAUAUGCCCUCUAAUGGAGCCAAGGCGGCCACCGCAAAGCGCAAGUCUGGCAGAGGCACCAAGAAGAAUCCAUGGGUCGAUGAAGACUUUGUUAUGACAAGUGAUAAGUCGCCGCUUAUCGAUAUCGAUCUGGUGAAACUUCUCGCCAAACCCGAGGCAUGGACAUGUCUAGAUGAGAAUGAGAAGAAGGAGAUUCUUGCCUUACUUCCUGAGAGCAUACAUCCAGUAGUCGAACCGUCUACGGAGAAUCCAGAUGGGAUCAUCCCCCCUCUACCCGAGGAGUUUGUGCGCUACUCAAACGUCUGGCGCGAUGCAAUCCGUCAAUUCCAAGUUGACCUGCAACACGGAAAAUAUGACCCUAAAUGGCUGAGCCAGGCACACAAGGCGAUGAACGAACGGGCCGAAGGGAAGUUUGAUGCACGAAAGGAGCGUGAUUUUGAGGCAUUCUGGGGACAGAAGCAGCGGUAUCACACUAAUGUACCAGCUGGUGAUAGCGCUACAAUAGACUUCAAAACACUGGUUAUGAACGGGGUUUUUGAGGUGGGAGAUAUUUGGAGGUACUCUCGGUCCCAGGGAAAGGGGGCAGAAAAGUUUUUGGUAGAGAAAGAAGUUGCAGUUAUUAGUGUGGAUGGAGAGACUCUUACUUUUGCUAUUCCUCCUGGUAGGCGUGUGAUCCUACCAUCCAUGACCGAGGAUCAGCUGCUGGUACUGUGCACAAAGCCUGAACCCGAGCCCACCAUUGAAUCCGAGCCUAAAUCUGAGCCCCGAAUUUAUGAUGGAGAGAACAUCAGCAUUACUCAAGCGUAUAUCGAAGAGAACAACCAAUGUGUUGGCACCGCACAAUUCAAAGCGGAACCGAAUCAAAUAACUGCGAGUGAAGAUUGCAUGGACAAUAAACCAGCCGAUCAAACCUCUAUUCCCGAUAUAAAGAGUCUUCCAAACGCAGAACCGCCUGUAGAUAUCAUGGCACUAGAGGCCACGCCACCCGACAUCGAGACAGAAACAACCGAGGUGCCCAAUGUCAUUGGCCAGGAGUUGCCAAUCAAGAACCUCAUUUUUGAGGAACUUGAUGAUGGUUGCAGCACUGUAUCCGAUCCACCAGACGUGAUUGAGGAAAUAGACGAUGCCGAUUUUCACAGGUCUUUACAAGAGUUGGGGCCUGCUCCCCCCAAAGAUGAACUAGAAGCCAAGCCUUCUAAUACUACAAUAGCCACCGAGCUAGAGAAACCUGACUCAUGUAAGCAUCAAACCUUAUUAAUACCCAAGAACCCACUGAUGAAGCGCCUAUACAACUUGAAGCCACGAAAGUGGACGCUACUACCCAGCCCACCGUCACUCCAAUAA